AUGCUCAAAUCGGAACACACCUAUUGGAUCUUUAAAAGAAAGGUGAAAGCAGAAAUUGCAAAAUCAAAAUAUAGCCUGGAUGAUGUCCGAAAUAAUUUAUUCCAUUAUUUACCUUCUUCCUCUCUUCCGCCAUCAUUUGCUCCCACUAAAACAAAGAAUGAUCGAAACAUUAUUCAACAGAUAUUGGAGCAAGAGGAGUGGGAUGUUGCUUUGGAUAACGAGGUAUUUAGGUUUAAUCUUGAAGCGGAACGAAACACAAGACUGAGACAGAAAUAUACAGAAUCUGAAGGAACUGAGGAGGAGGACACCGGUCUUGUCAUACCACCUCUCCCCUUCGAAGAAGAAAAAUUAUUAAUUGUACAGGAGGCUCGUUCAUCAUGGGCUUCAUUUCUCAAGGAUCAACUCGUGUCAAUAUCAAAUCAAAUUGGGCUUACAUUUAUUAAGAAGAGGAAGGAGCGAGCAAAGGCUCCAACAAGUAACAUUUCUGAAAUUUUGGAUGAAUUAACUGGAAUGAAAAUUACAACAAAAAAGCCUGACGAAAACUCAGAGCCAGAGGGACCUCUCAUUUCUUCUCUCUCUGUGAAACCAAGAUAUACUGGCCUCUUCGAUAGUAAAAAGAUGAUGGAAAUGUGUACCAGCAUUAGCAAUUCUAAUGCGAGCGAGAUGUUGAUGAGUGCUGGGUGGGGUCAAAUCAAGCUGGAAAUCAAAACUCCCUCUACAAAGGAACUUCAAGUCAUGUUUCAAGAUUUAGAUCCUGAAAAUUGUCAGAUUGGCCUUGAUGACAUUAUUGACGAGAAAUUCGAAAUAGACUACUUGGAAAAAACCAAAAAAUCGCUGAAAAAUAUUAGGAUGGCCUAUGAAAUCGCAAAACGAGGCGUUCCAACCUCACUUCGAUCUAGCAUUUGGGGUAAAAUUCUGGAGGUUGAGAUGGACGAAAAACACAAAGAAUAUUUUGAAAUAUUACGCAAAGAUGUAAGAAAGAGAGAGUUCCUAAUCGAUCACAUGGUACACAAUGAUGUGAAGAGAACCAUGGAUGACGAGAAUUACUUUGUUUUUGAGGAUGUUGUUGAUGAAAUGAUGAUUAUUUUCUCGAGAGAUCCGUAUGUGGCUAAUAACAUGGAACAUCCACCAAAAUUUAUUGUUGGAUUGGAUGAAGUGGGCAUUGCACAGAACGAGGAAGUCUAUCCUCCAAGUGGCGUGAUUCCAUUUGAAGGACUGUCAAUGUUAGCAGCUCCAGUGUGUUAUCUCAGUAAUGAUAUUAUGGAAGUAUACUUUUUGUGGCGUAACUUGUACACGAGAAUUUUUUGCAAGUUGCACACAAUUUCUUCGAAAUCUGAAGGCUUACUUUCACUUUGUAGAUUAUUUGAGGAUUUAUUGCAAGAUAAGGAUCCACAACUAUUUUACCAUUUACUUCAACUGAAGAUACAACCUCUUGAAAUCGCCUUCAAUUGGAUAUUUCAUGCAUUUGCUGGAUAUUUGGCAGUCGAUCAGUUGUUAUUACUUUGGGAUCGUAUAUUGGGAUUCUCGAAUUUGUACAUUCUUCCAAUACUUUCCGUUUCUAUCUUCCUUUUCAGGUCCAAAUAUUUGCUCAAGGUGACCUCUAAGCAAGAAAUACUAGAUAUUUUCUCUGACUUUACCGUAGUUCAAGUCAUACCCUUAUUGCAGAUGUUUUUAUUCAGUUAG